CAGGAACAUCAAUGUAAUAAUAGUGUUAGUUUAUCUGAACGGCCUGCCAUGGGUUGGGUCAGCACAAUUUACACCAAAUGUUGAGUAACCAUGGAGAGCCUGAAGAGUGUUAGCGAUGAGGGAUCAUUUACAGACCUGUGCGCAUCAGUGAAACGCCUGCUCACUGAUAACAAGGGCAGAUUUGUGAGGUAUUGAUCUGGGGAGUCAGUCUAAUGGAGGCGUGGAUCGAAGUAGAGGUUGCAGCACAUUUGGCUGUAUGGAAAAGGUAGACAAACCGUAGGGGUGAUCCACUGUUCCUAUCUCAACGUAUGGAGGAGUCUUCUUUAGCUGGAGACAGUUUCAGGGGUGAAUGCCCUUCAGCCACUCUCAGUAUGUGUCCAUCUCUCCUUGUUAACAUCUCUAUGGAGUGGCUCUCCAUAAUGAAAAGCAGACACAUGGAUAUGUUCCUCAUCCCUACUGUUCUACUAACAUCUGCCACAAUGCUGGUCAACCCUGUACUGUUUCUCGGCAUCCUGUGUUUCCCUUCACUACGUCAGGAGACCCGCUACCUGCUCCUUGCUAACACGCUCUUCGCCGACAUGCUCUUUCUCACCAUAAACCUCGCAGUUGUGUCCUGCAACAAAGUGGGAAUGUUCUUGCCCCACAUGCUAUGCGAGUUUAUGAUGGUAAGCACGGUAACCACAUACAGUUGUUCUGUGCUUACCCUCACACUGAUGGUCAUCGACACGUAUGUGGCGGUACGCUGGCCGCUACGUUACAAUGAGAUUCUCCCAGCAUCCCGGACCAGGAAGAUAAUCAUGAGCUUGUGGGUUGUGGCAUCAUUGUGCCCAGUUUCUCUUCUUGUAAUGUUUGAGUUGGUGAUGGACAACAGCCAACAAAAGCGGCCGGUUUGUUUGGUGUUGAUUGCGUUGUUUUCAUUGGAUCACAAGAUGAAGAUUGCCAUUAAUUUGUACUUCAUCUUUGCUGUUAGCCUCUGCACGGCUCUCAUUGUGUACUUUUACAUCCGUCUCUACAUCAUCACAAAGACUUCGGGAAUAUGGCGUAGUCGGUACUCCCGAGCACGGAUGACGCUCCUGGCUCACACUCUGUUGCUCAUGAUGUAUUUCAUUCCUGCACUGGUCUUUGCAGUUGAGCUGGCUCUUUUAAAGCAAGAUGAAACUCUGAGUGAUGUGGGAGUGUGGAUUGAUUUGGUGAACAUGUGCGUGCUUAUGUUGCUGCCACGCUCUUUAACUCCUUACCUGUACAUCCUACGCUAUCGUGAAAUUUACAAGACUCUUCAGCAGGUGUUGUGGAAAAAAGACAUCUCAGCCAGAUCAGCACAGCCUAGUGGAGUUGACUUGAGGCAAGAGGCAUCCAGCGUUCCUCUAGAAAUUUGAGGAUGAUUGUGCAAAAAAUGGAUUUAAAAACAACACACAUGUCUCCACCCAGAAAGUGACUAUAUUAAAUGACUAUGAAUUAUAACUAUAUAUAUUCAUAUGUUAUACUAUUUUUCAAUGAAGGCAUUUUACUGUUAACAUGAAGGUAUUGAUGGCACCAAUCUGGAAUGGAUGCAUUGAAUCUUAUAUAAAAAUUAUCUUCACAAUGCAACUAUAUAAAUUACAGCCAUACAUCUAGGCUGCGCCAUGAUUUUGCAUACUGUCGGAGUAUGUACUGCAAGUAUAAAUACAUUCUUGGACCUAAUUUAUAUGAGACCGUGGACACUGUCUAGUGACCCGUAUAUAUGACGUAGUAACAACAACCAUGAAAACAAUAUACUCUGCAGCUCUAGUGGCAUAAGAAAAGGGUUCAAUGGAUAUGCACUUCAGAAUCUUUCCAGAUUUAGUAGGUCAUCCCUGAACUUUUUGCUUACAUGAAUACUGAGGAUUCGGAUAUCCUACUCCA